UAUGUGGAUAUUUAAUGGCAUAUGAGACGUUCAUUGCCGUUAUAUUAUCUCGUCUAAUAUUCAAAUCAUAUGCGGAAUAAUGUGUGCAUCUUUGAAUAACUGUAAGAAUACAGAUUCAUUUGAAAAUAAUUUUUGUCAAAGUUUUGAGAAAUAAUCAUGUUGUGAGGAUAUUUAUAUAUUUCAGUUGAAUACUCUCGUCUAUUAAUAUGGAAAUCUAAUAAAAAUCGAAUAGUAGGAAAUAUAAAAUGUGAUACUGCAAAGUUACCCUUCUAAAUUUUAUUUAUGAUAUAUAGCCAUAUGGAGAUAAACCUUUGCAAAUGUGCUGAUUUUAUCCAUUCAAGUACUGACCACCAGUUCAGAGAUUUUAAACAUCCUAUCCACACUUUCUAUCAAAUAGUCUCCGCUUGAUGGAUCAAUCCGACCGCAUAUGUACUGAAAUAAACAGGUAUUCGGCGACGCGGCUUUUCACAUCAAAGGCUGACAGGCUAUGCAAUUUGGAGAGGGGCCGUUCAUUAAUCCCCCUAUAUUUUUUUUAAAAUCCUAAAAAUGGUUGGACCUGGCGAACAGGUUGAGCACUUUUAUAUAGCCUACUGUGUUGAGCAAAGAGGCUGCACAGUUUGACCAGAGGGAAGCGGCCGCACAUCAGGCCGCCAGACGGGGUUGCUAUAUAACUUGCAAUGUAUAACUAUUAUCAGACCGGCCCUCGCAGCCUCAAAACACUACCGGCCCACCGGGAAAUGUCCCGACUCUCCCGAUGGCCACUCCGCUACUGCUUAGGACGCAAGAGGAAAAACCACCAGAAUGUUUUGUUCCUUUGGAAAACACAUGCCCCUACUGUCCUGGUGUCCAGGUGUUUCUGUUGCCAUCAAGGAGUGUCCAACAUGCAACGGCAUUGUGAGGUUCCAGGAGUAUUCUUCUGGGUUUCACAACUUCAACAACCGUGUUCCCUUAACACUGCCUCUGUGUCAACUUCUCCUGUCUGGACUAGCAAACAAAACAACUAGUGGGCGGAUGCUGAAUACCUUGUCAUUUUUCAAUGACAACCGUUACCACCACCAAUUACUGAGGAGAGCAUUUCACCACUUUCUCUCCUUAACAAAUUUCACUUUUGACUUCUUCUGCUACCAGUGUGGAUAUCAUCCAACUGUAAUUAUAGCUGAUACAAAUUGGAAACUGGCAUUUGAUAUCCCACUUGGAACUUUUAAAAGGCCUGAUGCAGAUAGCAUAUCUGACAAUGAUCUGGAAAUAGACAUCGCAAAAUCCUGGUCAGAUCUGGACAAGUCACAAAUAGCAGAAGGACUGAUAUCAGGAGAAUCCAUUGCAAACCCAUAUUACACACCUGUUUGCCACUCAACCUUAGCGCCGUGGAUGGGGGAGCAUACCAGAAUUGGAGACAUUCUACCUAAAACUGAAGUCAAGAAGGCAAUGAAAUCCAGAAAAAAACAUGACAUAAGACAUCCACCAAAAAUGAUUAAUGAGGACAUAAUACUUGAACUCAUUGAAUCAAAAAAGGUACAUUUUGCACAUGACAAUAUAGCUUUCCAUGCAAUUUUCUAUUUAUAAUGUUAUUCAGUAACAUUUUGGUUUACUUACUGUUGUAUUUGUAAGACACAUUUAUAGUUUGAUAUGAUUUUAAUGGGUCCUUUUCAUGUACAGCCUCAAAAAAAAAG